GAAAAAAUAGCAAGUCAUUGGAAGUGCCGAAAAAGUUAUUUUUACUUACAUCUGCAUUUUGAUGUGCUGAAUUUUCUUGCAAAAUUUGCUUGCAGUUUUGGAUAGCCUGCAAUGGUGUCACUAGCCCAUAACUUAACUACUCCCCGAAAACUGACAUGACGAAAACAAAAAACUGCCGCCAUUUGACUAAAGUACCGCUACAGUGAUCUUUUGAUAUUAGCUGAACGGCCUUGAGUUUGAUUAUUUCAUUAGAUUAUGAAGUUAUGUAUAUCGUGAACUGCCGAAAGUCUUAAAUAUUAAUGAAUUCCAUUGUUAUAACAGGUUGUAAUAGAGGCAUAGGCUUAGGCCUUGUGCAACAUUUAGUGAAAGAUAAAAUAUCCCCAAAAUGUCUCAUGGUAACAUGCAGAAACGUGGAUAACGCAAAAGAACUCAAACAAAUAGCAGCAGAAAACAAAAAUGUACACAUUUUGCAACUGGAAGUGGACAAACCAGAAACCUUUGAGGAUUUUGCCAAGAAGGUAGAGGAUAUUGUUCAAGACGAUGGGCUGAAUGUUUUGGUAAAUAACGCGGGAUAUUCUCCAAAAUCUACAAGGAUCAAUUUCGUAAAACCUGAACAAAUGAUGGAAACCUUUCUAAUCAAUUCUGUAGGGCCUUUAAUGCUAACCAAGACAUUGUUGCCCUUAUUAAAAAAAGCUGCAACUAGGAAUGCAGAUAAACCUAUAGGAAUUUCUAAAUCAGCAGUGAUAAAUAUGAGCUCAUACUUGGGAUCUUUGUCUCUUAACAACCAAGGAGGAUUGUAUCCGUACAGAUGUUCAAAGGUUGCUUUGAAUAUGAUAACAAAGUCUCUGAGUGUAGAUUUUAAAAACGAUGGAAUUUUGGUGAGUUCUAUCCAUCCCGGCUGGGUUAAAACUAGCAUGGGAGGCACAAAUGCCCCUCUGGAUGUAGAUACGAGUGUUUCUGGUAUCAUUGAAUUGUUAAAGACCUUAAAUGAAGACCAUAACGGCCAGUUUUAUUGUUACGAUGGAUCCAAAAUGGAUUGGUGAAGAAUUUGUGCAAUUUUACAUAUUGUAAAUAAUUUUAUUAACUGUAGUAGAAGCUUAUAUAUUGAUUUAUUGGAAAAUAAAACCACUAAACACUUUUUUUGUUUUUUCAUAGUUUUAAUGUUCCAUUUUUUGUUUGGAUAGAAAGUUCACUAAAUAGCACAUCUCUACUAACUUAACUUUGUGCUCCAUGUUGUUUUCUAAUAAUAAAAACAUAUAUAACUGAAAGUAUUUUAUUAAUUGUUACACUUUUUGAUCUAGACUGCUACACUCUCGAUUCUUCCA